AUGUACCGCAUGAUGCAUGAGCGAGAGCUCGGAGAGCGGCUCCGCCAAUACUAUGACGAGAUCGGUACGGCGAGAGUAGAUGCCCAGAUCAGCAAUGGAAAGAUUUCCCGGAUUUUGGGGCAGCAAUUUAGGAACAUGCCCGAAGAACAUAAAAAGUUCUUCUUGGACAUGGCUAACAGAGAGGCCAUGAUCCAUCGCCAAACAUAUCCCUGGUACAAAUAUAGGACCAGACAGACCAACGCCGACGGAUCAAAGGUGGUCAAGACGAGCCUGUCUAAGCUCGCUCUUCCUGGGUACCUCGAAACCGUCCAGGCUAUAAGAGACUACCAUGCAUUCUUACGAAAGAACAACUUCCCUGUAUUUUACCCGUCGCGAGGAAACGACCUUCCAGUGAUGAACGCGGUGUGUCGUCGUCGGGAGGUGAUAUUCUCUCCUGAGAAGUAUUGUCGCGACGAUCAGGUCGCCAAGAUCCGUCGCCAGAUGAACGAGCGAAUUCAGCAACAGCCAGCGUCUGCCAUUCCCACGCCGAGUGCAUUUUCUGCCCCGGAAGAAGCACGGCCACUCAGUGACACAACACACGGAGGUUUGCAACCACCUAUGACAAACGGGAGUGAUUCCAUUCAAAGUCCCCUCGAAAUAUCUCAGUCAGCUGGCCAGUACAACAGCCACAACAGCCAAUCUCCAAGGAACAACGUAUCCCCAGCCAAACAAGCCAACCAAGAACCACACACCCAGCAGGCUCAAGCCAUAGAGGUGCCUGAGCCCUUAGUUGAACAUGGGCCGGGAUCGACAAUUGGGGAACCACAGACAGGCAAACAAGACGCUGAACAAGACGCGCACACUGUGGGGGGGCCCAGUAACGUCACCGGAUCAGUGAUGAGUGAUCCCAGCUUUCAUGAAUACGUUGAUGCCCAAGCAUGGGCCGAUUUCAACUUUCUUUUUGGGAACGAAGACAUGGACCACAACGGAGUUUCUUCCACCCAGGCCAUAGCCCCGGAUACUGGCGAGACCCAAGUCCUAGAUCAACCGGACUUUACUCAAGAGCAGCCAGCUUCUAGCGACAACGGAGUCGAAGACCCGAUUCUGGAGUUCAGCAGCUUCGACAACCAUGACUUCCACACAUUGGAAACUAUCGAUCAGGCGGGGACGUGGGCCUCGAUCGACGAAUUAUUUGCCAGCCCAGCCUCUCCGUCCGACGAGCUUGGUUCGGCUCCGAAUACGACACCAGCACAGGUGCCCACCCCUCAGAAGCAAGAACAGCCACAUAAAAAAUCGUCAACUCUAGUAUCUGAGUCGAGUACUGGGACGUCACACACUGCUGUCCCCACGGACCGUGACCAGUUCCGGACCACAUUCGGGGUCCUCGACGACAUGUCCCUCAGUGAACCGCUGGAUCUCGACGAGGACAUGACAGCGGCAUUUGGGAACUCCGGGCUAUCAUCACUGGGUUCUCAGAUGCCCGGAAUUCUGGCGUGCCUUAACGGCUUCGAAAUGUCGCCCGACGGCGUUUUUGCCGCGGCCCAGGAGACACCCGCCUCGGCGGGGAUGGAUCUCACUAGCGAAACCGAGUAA